AUGAGGGCCCAGGGAAUACUGUCCCUGCUGUCAUAUUUCCCAGCUCUGGGGAAGGCCGGCAACAGCCCAGAAACUCGGUCUCUAUUUACCUUGUAUGCUAUACUCAGAGCCAGCGCAUGAUCAAGGGAUGGGAUGUUCGGGCUAUGUACAACAACUAACUGCCACAUCCAUGCCAACAGCGGCGACUCGUACUCAAGCACGAAGUUCAAUGUCUCGUCGACGCAGCCCUCGCCGGAGAACCCAAUGGGAAAUCCUGAACUCGGACACGGCACCGCAGCGGACUCGAUCAACUGGGUUGGGUAUCUGACAACACAGUAUAAUGACACCACCGUGCUGAGCUAUAACCAUGCCGUAUACGGUGCCACAGUGAACAACUCCAUUGUUGUAUCUGACCCCGAUGUUCCGCAGGAUCUGGUGUACCAAGUGGUAGACGAGUUUGGGAAGAACUACUGUCCCCCGCAUACAACUGGCCUCGGAUGGAGUUCUGAGGAAGCGUUGUUUGGAGUGUGGAUCGGAAUUAACGAUAUCUACUUCUCGUACCAGCUUCCUGACCCCCUCGCUGCGCUCUCUCGUGUCUUACAGAGCUACUUCAAUCUCGUCGACAACCUGCAUACCUGCGGUGCUCGAGACUUCCUCGUCUUCAAUAUCCCACCAUGCGACCGAACCCCGAAUAUAGCGGCACUCGACAAGUCGGAUAUAGAGCUCUACGAGGCCGUGACAGCGCAGUUCAAUGGCCGGCUCCACCAUGCAGUUGAGGACUGGCGUUCAUCUAACCUCGAUACCACAAUGAGGAUAUACGACUCCUGGUCCUUCUUUACGACAAUCCUGGACAAUCCGCAGGAAUACGGCUUCGUUGACAGCACUUGCAUAGGCCACGAGCAAGGGUGCCUCUGGUGGGAUGAUUUCCAUCCUGUCUCGGCGUUCCAUAACCUGCUUGCUGCGGAUGUUGGGAGAUUCUUGGGGUGGUAGGUGAUUAGACAUAGGUUGCUGCUCUCAGCUACGUGGUUAGAGGCAGACCGUAUAAUAGACCAUUCCAUGGCAGAUUUCUCAUUAUGGCAGUGGGCUUGGAACUACUGCACUGUGGUAUCCUGUUGGCUGUCAGUAGUGGUUAGCUACGCUGUUUUCUGUUACAACAGAUAUAAGCAGAGCUGGACCAGAUUAAGAUUCACCGAAUAUGGCACCCAAGGCAAGGGUCCUUUAUGGGGAAGCGGGG